AUGGCCAUCGACCACGAGUCGCCCUUCAAGGAGCUCCGCCUCAAGAACAGGAGGAUCAUGGGAGGCGGCGCCCCUGAGCCGGACGAAGAGGAGGCGGAGCCGCAGGUGGCGGCGGCGGCGGCGGAGGAGCAGUGGCCGCAGUGGCUGCGCCCGCUGCUGUCCGCGCGCUUCUUCGCGCAAUGCAAGACGCACACCGAGUCGCACCGGAGCGGCGAGUGCAACAUGUUCUGCCUCGACUGCGCCGCCGGGGCCGCCGCCGGGGCGGCGGCGCUGUGCUCGCUGUGCCUCGCGCACGCGCACCGCGGCCACCACACCAUCCAGAUCCGCCGCUCCUCCUACCACGACGUCAUCCGGGUGUCGGACAUCCAGCGCUUCAUGGACAUCGCCGGCGUGCAGACCUACGUCAUCAACAGCGCGCGCGUCGUCUUCCUCAACGAGCGCCCCCAGCAGAAGCAGCCCGGCAAGGGCGGCGGCGGCGCCGGCAGCGCCAACCUCUGCAAGGUCGCCGGCUGCUCCUCCGACGGGGGCGGCAACGACAAGGCGAGGGUGAUGCGGGCCAACAGGCCCGGCCGCGCCAAGGGCUCGUCGGACACCGAGGCGGCUUCCUCCUCCUCUCCUCUGCGCAAUGCCGCCAGACAGAGCUUCACGCCGUCCACGCCGCCGCCGCCGCCGCCUCCAGCGGCCAAGCGGCGCAAGGGCAUCCCGCACCGCGCGCCGUUCGGGAACCUCAUCAUCGACUACUAG